AUCCGGCUAUUGUAAAUGGAGUUUAUUGGUCAGAGUCUUUAAAUAAGGUGUUUGUUGAUAAUUUUGAUCGUGACCCUUCUCUCAUCUGGCAAUACUUUGGAAGUGCCAAAGGAUUUUUCAGACAAUAUCCAGGAAUUAAAUGGGAACCUGAUGAGAAUGGGGUCAUUGCAUUUGACUGCAGAAAUAGAAAAUGGUACAUCCAGGCAGCAACUUCUCCAAAAGAUGUGGUAAUUUUAGUUGAUGUCAGUGGCAGUAUGAAAGGGCUUCGCUUGACUAUUGCAAAACAGACAGUUUCAUCUAUUUUGGAUACUCUUGGAGAUGACGACUUCUUCAAUAUAAUCGCUUAUAAUGAAGAACUUCACUAUGUAGAGCCGUGUCUGAAUGGAACAUUAGUUCAAGCAGACAGAGCCAACAAAGAGCACUUUAGGGAACACCUUGACAAACUUUUUGCAAAAGGGAUUGGAAUGCUGGACAUUGCUUUAAAUGAAGCUUUCAACAUGCUCAAUGAAUUCAAUCACACAGGACAAGGAAGUAUUUGCAGCCAAGCCAUAAUGUUGAUUACUGAUGGAGCUGUGGACACAUAUGAUACAAUAUUUGCAAAAUAUAAUUGGCCAGACAGAAAA